AUGAACGCCCAGCCCGACGAUGUGGUGCAUUUUCACGGUCAUGGCCACCACGUACCACAACCCGUUCCAGCCGCCAUGCGUCUCCCCGUCGAGAUCCUUUGCCAGAUCUACGAGCUGCUCGACCCAUACGACUUCAACGUCGCACGACACACCUGUCGAUCCUGGUUCUUGGCUGGCUUCAGCCGGACUGUUCUCAUCAGCAUGCUCAAGCGGGGAGGCUGGUGGUCCAGCGUCGAGGGCAUCCUCAACCUAGAACAGAAAGAUAAAAUGCCCAAGAUUCAAAGCCAGGGUCUAAAUCAAGAGUGGAUCAUGUCCAAGUGGCUCGCCAGAGAGUGCACGCUGGGCCCAAAUCACCGCGGAUCUGAGCCCGCCUUCGUCGAAAUCAGUCAGACGCAAUUCGCGGACCUGCAUUCCGACACUUCGAUACCUGCCAUCGCUGAAGACACCGCCACAUACACCGCAAGCAUGUGUGGCCGCUUCCUAAUGGUCACCUACGGAGCAACCAUUUAUGUCUACGAAUUGAACCAUCGAUGCAGGAACGCCAACUCGCCCAGGUGGGUGUUGUCUUCGUAG